GUUAGUUCUGUUGAUCGAUUGGUCGGUCGUUCGAUAUAUUUGUGAUAAGGAUUUUUUUGCUCGGACGGAAAAGUAAUGUUGAGGAAUGAGUGGCCAGUUAUUCAUGAAGGAUUCUGCAUGUGGGAAACUGUUGAUGAUGCGAAUGAACCGGAUGUGUCUCACACUAUUGUACGGGUGGAUACCGAAAGGUCAAGAAUUUCAGCGGAGCGAAUCUGCUCAUUAAUUAGUGAGCAGGGAAGUCUAGAAAGUCUCAGCUUAGAAGAAACAAAGCCUGUGCAGAUUCCUGCGGAAAGAGUAUAUCGUAUGUGGUAUCCGGAACAGGUGCCGAAGAGAUGUUCGUCGAAGGAUUUGUUUCAUUGUAAAGUAAACGUACAAGCUGAUGUAAAAGUAAAUUGGGAGAAGUUAUUACCGCAUCCCGGUGUCAUGAGGGAAGUGAAGAUGCGCGAGCAAGAUCUACGAACUGAUUUUGUGAUAGGACCCAAGUUGCGGCAACGGUUACUCAAUUAUGUAAGGAAAAAGUGCAGGAGGAAUAUAAAUAAUUCUUAUACUGUUGAGGAUCUUGAUCCUUUUGCACGUGCUGAUAUAGCACAUGAAGUUAGCGAUGUACUUCGUCAGUUUACCGUUAGCGUGUACUAUCCCGAUGUAAACUACGCAGCUGAGACUUUCAUGUUGCGUGAUGCGCUGUUGAAAAAAAUUGGAGAAAAGCGAAGUGCAGUGAUGAGAGAAAAACUUGAAAUUGCUUUACUAGGAUCGAAAAAUACAAUAGCUGUCAGCGACGGAGGAAUAUCCGAGUUACUACCAAACGGAAAAUCCAUGUCACUUAUAGUCGAUGUACCAAAGGAUGAAGAUCUUGGGAACUAUUGUCGUUUCUUCUGCAAAAAUAGUGUGCGUGCGUGCCGCUUGAAGCAGAGCGAGCGUCGUGUUUUAGCGAAUUAUUUUCUUUCAAAUAGGAUGGUGAAGUUCAAAGAUCCGGCGGUUAUCCAGUUUGCUACGGUUGAGGAUAGUGAAAAAGCGCUGCGAACGCAUUCAAGUUGUGGUCGAAAAGUGGCUGAUUAUCUUCCUCGAAUUUUCAUUGUUGGAUGUGAUGGUUGGAAGAAUACAAUUAACGUCACUAUGACUUUUCGUGUCAAGUGGUAUAAGCGACCAUCCAGUGGGGUAGGAGUCGUGCAGUUCAACACUCCGAGUGACGCUAAGUUGGCGUCGGAUGUAUUCUUCUAUCACGGGUAUUUAGAAGCCGAGCGGCAUACCUGGUUUGGGAGUGAUAUUAAGUCGAUUAAGUACAUAUCUAACUGCUAUCAAUCUGAUCGGCAAUUUGAUUAUCAUAUUCGAGAACUUCUUGAGCCGAAUGGCAUCCACAUUGUUCGUGCUUAUCUGGAAAGAGUUACCACAUGUAGAAAUGAUUUGAGUGUGAAGGUACAACAACAGAUCAGUCGCGCCGUAGCUGAGUAUCUGAUGAGGCGUCGCUUGUGGGAUGGACAUGUUCCUUUGUUACGUACGGAAUGGAGAGCUCUGCUUUCCUCCAAUGAGUUACCAUGGCGUUGGCAUGCAAAUCUGAUAUUUUAUGAUGUGGAACAAGGCCUAGAUUUGGUGGAUUUUCUUACGGAAGGCACGCCUGAGUUUGCGAAACUCUAUGAUGAGAGGUCCAGUGCAUGUCAGAAGAUAUUUAUAAAGCCAGUUUACUGGAUAACAGUCCUAGUUACAAAAGAGGUGCGACUUGCUUGUGAUUCUUUUAUAAGGCAACUCAACGACGAAGAAACAGCGGCAGCUCACGCCACAAACGAGGAAAUGAACUAG